AUGUCGCUGCCCAGUUCGGAGGAAUCGACGUCCUCGUCGACAAACCUCGACCAGAAAUCGGUGUUCCCCGACAUCCACCGGGACCACAUCGAACUGGGCGACCACAUCGGAGUGGGCACGUUCGGGGCGGUCUUCAGCGGCCACUGGACCCUUCCGGACGGCGGAAAACGGACGAUCGCCCUCAAAAAAGUGUUUGUACUCGAGAAGGAGGCGGAGAUUCUGUCGAAGAUCCGCCACAAGAACAUCAUCCAAUUCUACGGCAUCUGCAAAUCCGCCGGCACCGACUUUUUCAUCGUCACCGAAUUCGCCGAGAACGGAAGUUUGUACGAUUAUAUCCAUUCCGAAGUGGCCACAAUGCCCUGCGGCUCCAAUUGCUUCGAGACGACCGUUCGGUGGGCCUCUCAGGUCCGUCAACUUUUCUCACAUUUCUCACGCCGCUCGGAGAUUUUGCAGAUCUCAAACGGCAUCCAAUACCUGCACUACGACGCCGUCGACACGAUCAUCCAUCGGGAUCUCAAGUCGAAAAACGUGGUGCUCGACAAGAAUCUCGUGUGCAAAAUCUGCGAUUUCGGCACGUCGAAAGACCUGACGCACUCGUUCACGGCGCCCUCGUGGGGCGGAACCGCCGCCUGGAUGAGGUACCGUAUGCGGGUACAGUACUCCCCGCCCCCCGCUACAGUAUACUCGUUUGCAGUCCGGAGAUGAUCCUUCAGUCGGAGGGUCUCACGACGGCCACCGACGUCUGGAGUUAUGGCGUCGUGCUGUGGGAGAUUCUUUCGCGGGAGGUGCCUUUCGAAAAUCUCAGCGAAUUCAAGAUAUUCACGCUCAUCACUCAAUCCGGCAUCACUUUGGCCAUUCCGCCGUCGUGUCCGACGCCCCUCCAGCAGUAAGUGUACUGUGGGAUUACUGUAAGCGGUUUGCUAGUAGGCUCGCUUCAGUUUGAUGAAAAGUUGCUGGAAGAUGACGCCGAAGGACCGGGCAAACAUGCGGGAGAUUCAAAACGAGUUGAACCGGAUUCUCGGGAAUCGAAAAGUGAGUAAGCGCUACUGUAGUUUGACGCGAACGCCUUCAGGUUAUGGAAGAAUGCGAAAAGUUCAUGGAGCUCGAGGAUUGGAAGACCGAAAUUGAGAAGCAGGCGAAAAGUGUCGAGGUUUGGAGUCUCUAAACCGGUCCCCAAUAGUCAGACCCUUUCAGAAGAUGCGUCAAGACCUGGAAAAGCGGCGAGAGCAGCUGGAGAUUCGCGAAAACGCGCUGAAAGCUCGGCUCAACGCGGAGCAGGCGAUUCUGGACGCGGUGCGCCACCCGCCGGAAGACGUACAUCUGUGGAGCGAGCACCACACCGCCCAUUGGAUCGAGAACGUUCUCGCACGAGUCGGUACGCUCCGUCUAUACCAGAGAUGUUGGGAAUUCCGUGUUCCGUGUUCCGCGUUUUUUUUCAAUAUUUUUUCCGUGUUCCGUGUUCCGUUAAAAAAAAAAUUCCGUGUUCCGUGUUCCGGGUUCCGGGUUCCGUAGAAAUAAGUUUUUUCCGUUUUCCGUGUUCCGUGUUCCGUAUAAACUAUAUUUUCCGCGGAAAAAUUCGAUCACAAAUUUAUCUCCGGAAAGAUUAGGACAAUUGACGUUUUGUGAUCAAAAUUUGAAAAUUUUCGGAUUCGGACCAUAUUCGUGAAAAGUGGAUUCCAUUUUCAGUCGUUUUUUACUGUAGUUGUUUACUGUUGUGUUGUUGGUUUUGUUAUUUUUAUGAAAUUUUCAGUAAAACUUUCACAUGAGUCAAACAGCUGCCUUGUCAGUCAGAUAAUCGAAUUAAACAAAACAUUAUUUUAAAAAAAAUCACUGGAAUUCUCUUGAAAACGCUUCUUUCCGUGUUCCGUGAAAAAAAAUUUUCCGUGUUCCGUGUUCCGUAAAAAAAAAAUUUCCGUGUUCCGUGUUCCGUGAAAAAAAAUUUUCCGUGUUCCGUGUUCCGUAAAAAAAAAAUUCAGUUUUCCGUAGAAAUAAGUUUUUUCCGUUUUCCGUGUUCCGUGUUCCGUAAAAAAAAAAUUUUCCGUUUUCCGUGUUCCGUGUUCCGGAGAGUAAAAUUUUUAUUCCCAACAUCUCUGGUCUAUACAUCAACUAGAAAAUGACGCGUUUCUUGCCCUCUUCAGCCAACGACAAAAAGUACCUGAACCGCGUGAAUGCGGCCGUGUUCCGCAAUCGGAUAACGGGCGCCCGACUGCUGGAAAUGACGCAGAACGACCUGGAACACUUGGGAGUGCACAAGUUGGGCUCGAGAAUCGAGUUGAUGAAGAUGAUCCGGAAACUGAAGGAGAGCCAACGGACACUGCACAACUUUCCCACGCUCGAACAGGCGAAGCGGAUCGAGUUGAGCCUGGUAAGACGGACCCGAUCCGACGUGUUUCUCUUCCGAUCCUUCCUCUGCGUCUUUCAGAAAACGCAGAGCAACGAGGCGGCCGGCGUACUCGUGAACCAAGUGGAUCUGGUGAUCAUCGUCGGAAUGUACGUGCGGAGGAUCGACGAGACGCGGCGGAAAUUCAAAUUUUACGCGGACUCCGAUUGGCUCAACGACCAUGAGAUUCCGUCGAAAUCGCCGUCGAAACACGCCUCCGCGUUCAUCAAAACCGUCUGUUUUUCGGUCCUCGACAAUGUUACCAAGGUACCUUUUUUCUCUCUCUCUCAUUUCACAAGUGUACAAUAUCAGAAGCCGAUAAACGAGCCGGCGUGCUCGAUCUCGAGUGGAAUGACCACAAAUCCCGAUUGGAUUACGGUAGACACCGAUGAGGAGGUGGCGAUCAAAGUGAUCGUCAGUGUUUACUAUGCGGAUGCGGUGGUGAGUUCACAAAAAGUGAGACAACUCUAAAUUUUUGAUCUCCUCCACACAGACACAGCCGAGAAACACGGAAAUCGUGGAAGUGGUGACGUCACUCGAGGAUAGUAAGAUACUUGUGGAACGACACGUUCACUUGAGACUUCGACGGAGUUCGAGCAGUGCCUCAGUGUCCACCGCGUCCCCAAUCACUCCGGUUUAUCAUCCGUUCGGACAACAUCAUCUCAACAAUGCUUUUCAUCAUGUAGGCCAAACAAAAAGCGAACCAAUAAUAGUUGAAAUGUUCUAGGCGACAAGUUCGCCUCAACUUCGAGGCUUCUGGCAUCGAAAACAGACCGGACUGGCUCGGCAUGGACUCACGGAAACGGAACUUUCGAGUCUGCAAGAACACCUAAGAACCCCGUCGCCAGAGCACCCUGCGGACAUCGUCAUGGUCCCAAAAUCCACCAGAAGACGUCGGACGACGACUGCAAACUCGGAAGAGGUUGGAUAAUCGACGCAAAAAACCACAGUUGAACACGGAAGAAUUUUUAUCUUUUUUAGAAAAUUUUUUCAUGGAAUGUGAUCAACUGACGAAAUGUAGAGCAAAGUGAACUCUGCUCGUAGAAAAAUAAUUGUAAAUUUAGCUUUUCAUACAAAAAAGUUAUUCGAGACGGAAGACGGAAGGACAUUUUCACGGAACAACUCGAAUAACUUUUUUGUAUGAAAAGCUAAAUUUACAAUUAUUUUUCUACGAGCAGAGUUCACUUUGCUCUACAUUUCGUCAGUUGAUCACAUUUCAUGAAAAAAUUUUCUAAAAAAGAUAAAAAUUCUUCCGUGUUCGAGUUCUUCCGCUCAACUCUGCUGAAAACGUAAAAAUCGAUCCCCGACCUUCCUAGCCUAAAUUCUUCUAAAACAGAUCCCACCGGGUGUAAAAACGCUUAAAAUUGCGUUUUUUUUGCAGAACGACUCGAAAGAACCGGAAAAUCGAGCGCGGCGAGUUCAUGUGCACGGCGGAAAAGACAAAUGGAAUUGGAAGAAAGGAAAAUCAAAGCCGAAAUUUAGUUAG